AUGAGCGUUCAGGUCAUCGCUCGCAUUAGGCCUCUCCUGAAAACGGAACGGGAGUGCGAUGUUAUUGUCCAGCCAUGUCUGUCUAGUUCGUCCACAUCGCAUUCGUUGCGGAACGGAAACGAAGCUGUCUCCAAGACCAGAGAGAGCGAAAAGCCAUUGAAAACAAAGAAAGCGAAGAGCGGGAAGGGAGACGACGCUGAUCCGUCGACUGCGAAGGCAACGGUUAUCAAGAUACCGAAUCCUAGGAACGAAGGAGAGGACUUCAGCUUCAAGUUCCAUUCGGUGUACGAUGGCACUGCAACCCAGCAGGAAAUCUUUGAUGCAGAAGAAAAGGGUGAUUUGAAAUUAACUGGUAUGGAAUUGUUGUCUAUAGUGGCUCCUACUCUUAAACACCUAUUCAAUGGGUUUGAUAUUACUCUCUUCGCAUACGGCGUUACGGGAACGGGGAAAACACAUACAAUGCGAGGCGGGAAGAGUUUGGCGGAUCGCGGAGUAAUCCCUAGACUGCUGAGUGGAAUAUAUAGACGUUGUCGCAAGGUAGAACGGGAUUCCCAGGGAAGAACGCAGGUCGGGGUCGCCAUGAGCUAUUAUGAGAUAUACAACGACAAGAUAUUCGACCUCUUCGAGCCAGUGGAAAAGAGAACUCCAUCUGGGUUGCCAUUGAGGGAUAACGGAGUAAAGACCGUUGUUGUCGGGCUGACCGAGCGGCCUUGCACCAGCUUGAAGGAAUUUGAAGGAAUUUAUGAUCAGGCGAAUAUGAACAGAUCAACGUCUGCGACAAAGCUCAACUCCCAUUCCUCGAGAUCGCAUGCAGUGCUUUCUGUAAAGCUGACCGUGACAACUGGGGAGCAGGUACGGGUUAGCACUGCAUCCUGUAUUGAUCUUGCAGGCUCUGAAGAUAAUCGCCGUACAGAAAAUGGCAAGGAGAGGAUGGUAGAAUCGGCAAGUAUCAACAGAAGCCUGUUUGUUCUGGCGCAGUGUGUCGAGGCCAUCAAUAAGAAGCAGGCAAGAGUCCCGUAUCGGGAGUCUAAAAUGACCAGGAUCCUGGGAUUGGGACAGAAUAAUGGCCUCACCAUCAUGAUUCUAAAUCUGGCACCGGUUCGAUCAUUUCAUCUAGACACGCUGAGCUCGCUCAAUUUCGCCAACCGGACGAAGAAGAUUGAAUCGCGAGAAAUAGAAAACGAGCCCAUGUUCAAGGGUCCGCCACGACCUGUUGCAGGCCGUGCAGCCGCCCCUGGAGUGAAGAGACAGCCCCUGAGACCGCUUACUGCAUCUAUAAAUGCAAACAUUGCAGCAGUGACAUCUGAAGCUCGAAAAACAUCCGACGGAAAGCCAGCUAAAGCCUUUGCGGUAUACACUGACAUGUCACAUCCCAAGAGCACUGCCAAGUCUGGCAUAUCUGAGCCUCCCAAACGCAAGUCACCGUUGAAAAGGAGGUCAGGGAACGGCCUCCAACCAGCCUCUAGGCCAUUCAAGGUUGCUCGGACGGAUGAGAUGCCACGACAUGGGAUGAGUAGCAUGUCGGCUGCAAAGUUUGAAGAGCUCGUCGAGAAGAAGGUUAGGGAGGUGCUUUCAGCUCGCCAACCUGAUGAAUUUGAAGCGCAGUCCAAGGAGAUAAAUAAGCAAGUGCAACGCCGGCUUGAGCUCCUGGAGCAGCGGAUUGAUGAGACUGAGGAUUCUAGAGCAGACGGGCUGUCAUACCUUCUCAUGGCCAAGCAGCAUCAGGCUAGGGGUGAAUAUUCAUCUGCCCUCAGGAUGUAUCAACUUGCGCUGCCAUUCUUUCCAAACAACGGCAAACUGGCGCUAAAAAUUGAGGCUCUUCGAAACAAGAAGGUGGCAGCAAAGCAGUCUACGUUAGAUUCAUCAUCACAUGGCAAUGAACAAUGCGGACACGAUGUACAUGAGGAAGAUGCUGACGCAGAGCAUACCGUCGAGGCUCCUUGCCAGAUGCCCAAGCAAGUACACUCCAAGCCAUCUCCGCAUGGCCAUACAGAGGGAAAAGGAGAGGGUGGCUUGUCGCCACGCUCUUCACAUAUCCUUUCCGUGAUAAAUACACGAGACAUUGAGCAGAUCAAGCUCCUUCGGGGAGUAGGCGUCAAAAAGGCAGAGGGGAUCGUCGACUGUCUCUGUGACAUGGACGAUGGAAAAGGGGACAGCAUCCAGCUUCACAGUCUGUCUGAGCUGGAAAAGAUGAAGGGAGUAGGAUUGAAGACUGUUGAAAACAUGAGAAACGGUGUUGUGUUUGCUUGA